CGAGAACUGACUCUGUGCGCGUGAAGCGGGUUCUGUGAAUCUAGCUCGCUCGCGCGCUGCGCUCAUAACGCUUUAAUAAACAGCUGUUGAAUCACGCGCGGAAAACGGGAUUGAAGAAGAAGCGAGAGGUCAAAAUUGUGACAUGGUUUGGUUAAUGCUGCUAUGAUGGAUUUGACUAAAAUGGGUGUGAUCCAUCUCCAAAACCCUGGGCACCCCACAACUCUCCUGCAGAAGGCGAACCAGAUGCGUUUGUCAGGGACGUUGUGCGAUGUGGUGAUUAUGGUGGACAGCCAGGAGUUCCAUGCCCACAGAACCGUGCUGGCAUGCGUCAGCAAGAUGUUUGAGAUCCUGUUCCAUCGAAAUAGCCAACAUUACACUCUGGAUUUCCUCUCACCAAAGACCUUCCAGCAAAUCCUGGAAUAUGCCUACACAGCCACACUCCAGGCUAAACUUGAAGAUUUAGAUGACUUGCUAUAUGCUGCAGAGAUUCUGGAAAUCGAAUACUUAGAGGAGCAGUGUCUGAAGAUCUUGGAGACCAUUCAGUCUUCAGAAGAGAAUGACAUGGACAUAAACAUGAAUGAGAAUGGCACAGUGGAUGAUGAUGAGGGUCGGAUGAAGUAUUUAAAGAGCACUUUGAUCUCCAAAAAACAUUCCAUACAGGAGGGCAGCUACAGUUCUGCUGGCCGCCAUCGACUGGCUCUGGGCAACAUGGUUGACAAGAAGCCUUUAGUGUCAGCGCCAUUGGGCCUUAGUACCAUUAGCCCCACAAGGGCUGCUGUAGAGAGUCUGAUGAGCAUUGGCCAGUCUCUCCUGGCAGGGACUGUGCAACAAGGCUUCACUUUUCCCCAAGAAAACUCUUCCCCAUUGCUAGAAAAGAUUAAGACUGAAAUGAUGCAAGUGGACGAGGAGGAUACCCAUGAGGGUAGCUCUUCCAGAAAUGGAGAUGGGGUCGGCGAGUCUAAGCAACAUAGAGGCACUCCGGGAACCCCCACCAGAGGCACCGUCAUCACUAGUGCUCGGGAACUCCAUUCCACUGAUGGUGUUCCUGAGUCACAUGGAGAUGCCAGCCAAGUGGGACCAGCGCACAUCGCCAGUCUGGCUGAGAGACAUCUUGCAGCAUUGUACAACCAAAAAAAUGAGAGCAUGCUGCCCAUAUCUGUAUCUAUGGCUUCAUCGUUGCACAUGCCACCCACCCUUGCUAUGUCUGCAGACUUUGGCACCUAUGGUGGGCUUUUCCACCAGAGCUUCAUUCAGCGGGAGUUCUUCAGUAAACUGAGCAAUUGCACAACAGAUUCAAAGCAUGAGGGCCAGAGGGAACGCUGCAGUGUGUGUGACAUGGAGCUGCUGGACAGUGAGACUGCAGAGCAACACAGGAAACUGCAUAGUGAUAUGAAAACCUUUGGCUGUGAGUUCUGCGGAAAACACUUUUUGGAUAGCUUACGGCUGAGGAUGCACAUGCUGUCACACUCAGAUGGACCAAAAGCACUGGUGUGUGAUCAGUGUGGAGCUCAAUUCUCUAAAGAGGAUGACUUGGAGACCCAUCGGCACACACACACAGGCUCAGACAUGGCUGUAUUUUGUCUGCUGUGUGGGAAACGCUUCCAAACUCAGAAGGCACUGCAGGGCCACAUGGAGGUCCAUGCUGGUGUGCGCAGUUACAUCUGCAGCGAGUGUGAUCGAACUUUCCCCAGCCACACGGCUCUCAAACGCCACCUUCGCUCCCAUACAGGUGACCACCCGUACGAGUGCGAGUUCUGCGGUAGCUGCUUUCGGGAUGAGAGCACGCUGAAGGGCCACAAGCGCAUCCAUACUGGAGAAAAACCCUACGAAUGCAACAGCUGUGGCAAAAAGUUCAGUCUCAAACAUCAGCUGGAGACACACUACCGCGUACACACAGGUGAGAAGCCAUUUGAGUGUAAGCUGUGCCACCAGCGCUCACGAGACUACUCAGCCAUGAUCAAACACCUACGCACUCACAACGGAGCUUCGCCCUACCAGUGUACCAUCUGCCAGGAGUAUUGCCCCAGCCUCUCGGCCAUGCAGAAACACAUGAAAAACCACAAGCCUGAGGAUGUUCCCCCAGACUGGAGGAUUGAGAAGACCUAUCUGUACCUAUGCUAUGUGUAAAACAGCUGAAGAAAGGAACGAAGAAAGAAGAAAAACUGGUGGCUCAUUCAUUCAUUUUGCUCGAAGCUGGGCCAAAGAUGGAGAAGGAAAGUGAUCAAAUCUGUUGUGUAAAUGUUUUAUUUUUUUUUAUGCCAUUUCCAAAUGCACAUGUCCAAAUUCAUCUCUGGGGACAUUACACUGUUCUUGUUUUGGUAAAUGGAACAUAUUGUUAAGAUGACUUUUAAAAAAAAAAAACAAUUUAAUUAAUAUGAUAUGUUAUAUAAGCCCUAGCACAAGUCUCACUAACAAGAUCCAAGCUCGUCACUUACUUCAUUCCACAUGUAACACCGAUAAGUAAUAACAUACCUUUUUAUUCAUGUUAAAUAUUUUUAAAGACCGAUGAUAAAAAUGAACAAAAAAUGUUUGCAGAGGCCAAGUGUACAGAAAAGCAGAUGAUUGUGUGACAAGCCUCAAAAUUACCUUUAAAAAAAUAAAUAAAUAAAAUUGAAUAAAAAAUGAUCUGCAGUGCAAGAAGAUCACAGCUUAUUUUGAGUGGCAAAAGCACUUAUUGGCCAUUUGAUAACAGGUAAACUCAAAUAAUGCUACUUUAUGAUCACAAAUUAUAAAGGAUGUUUCAGGGAUGUGUUCAUAGAAUAACUACACUGUGCACUUUCAUAACUGAGUUUGAUGUCAUGACUACAAUGUUCAGUAUAAUCAUGAAAACACACAGGGGAUUUAGUUUGCUUGUCAUUCGCUUUCCGACAUUCUCCUACCAUUAAAAUGAGUGUUAGGCUAAUCAUAACAUUUUAAAAUGCAUAUUUUUGUGAUACGGAAAUCAUUAAGUGAUGCACAAUUAGUGGACUUACAUUUAGGGCUGCACACAUUAAUAAUAAUAAUAUAUAUAUAUAUAUAUAUAUAUAUAUAUAUAUAUAUAUAUACAUAUAUAUACAUAAUUAUGCCGUAUAUAGCUAUAUGCUGGACGUUGCAAUAGGGUGUUAUGUUCAGGCAUUUUAAGAUGAAUUAUCCAGAAGGAUAAAUAAAAAUGAGGACGUUCAAAUAAAUAAUAAAAUAUAAAGAUCAAAGUAAACUAACUAGAAGAGAUUAAAGAAUAAAAUGCAGUAUUCAGCUCUACAGAUGUUAUCGUUUCAUGGCUUUUUUUUUUUUUUAAAAGUUACUUGAAUUACUUGAUUGUCUUGUGCUUGAUUUGUUUUUAUAUCACAGCACUGGUGCAUACACUGAUGAUGGAUCAGAAGGUUUCUAUAACAGCAACUCUGAUUGUUGUUGCAUUGUUGUUUCUAUAGUAACACAUUUAAAGCGACUUGUUUGGCAGAUGCUGCAAAUAAACUGAGGUUUUCUGUGAGGAGAAAAUAUGGAAGGAGUCUCCAGUGUCAGUGCUUCGUAACAGUCAGAGCUAAACCUGUAACUGUAAGCUUUCCGACUUGCUGCGUUUCUGUCGCAUUAACUUCGAGACAGAGCGAAACGUAAGGUAGUGACUUUCAUAGCUGCUAUAAUUUAAGUGACAACAGGAACAAACCUGUUUCAUGGAUGUUCUACAGCAUUACUGUAAGUAUAUUUGGGUUACAUAAAAACGAUGAGGUAUCAUUUUUUAAUUAAAAAAAAAAAAUCACUGACAAAUUUCUGUAUUAUAAGAGUAUAAAAAAACUUCAGGACAUGCUGUAACAGCACAAUCCCUUUUGCGUGUGUGAUGAAACUUGUGGUUUAUUCGGCUGCAGUUAGGACAUUGGAUUAUACAUGGAUUAUAAUCCUGUACAAAGAUUCAGUUAGCCAUAAAGUAGUCAUCAUAACCUGCACUCGGUAAGUGCACAAAGAUACUCUUUGCAUUAUUAUCAGGUUUGUCAUUGCUCAGCCCUCUGUGUGCUACCUCUUCAUGGCUCUUUGUUUUGCACAAAAGCAAAAGCACGUACGAUUAUGUUUAUAAUUUGCGACAGUUAUUUUUAAUUCAUAUCUUCUGCUUAAUUCUCAGAGACGGUGAUUUAUUUGACAUCACAUUUACACUCCGUAUCCGGUUUACCAUUUUAGAACGAAACAGACCGUAUCCUGAUGUAUUAAUUCGUUUUAUAAACUGUUUAUGAGCUACGGUAUAAGGGUGAAGCUUAAGAAUAGAAGUGUUGUCUUUUUAUGUGGAAAUGAUUGUAAAGUGGAAUUGUCAAGUCACAUGCGGUUCUGCUAAGUACAUAAAAUGUGUGUAAUGUUACUAAUGGGGGGGGAAAAAAUGCAAAAGCAACAAAAAAAAAAAAAUUGAAUUAAAAAAAAACCCAGACAGGAGCCAAAUGUGGCAAUUUGAUAAGAAAAAAGAAAUGGUGUAUUUUUGUAUUCUGUAACGUGCAAAAUCUGUCCACCUGUUUAUAGUUGAGUGAGUACUUUUACAGUAAUUUUUGCAUUGUGUUUGUUUUUUGGUGAUACUUUUUGUGCCUCUUUUACAAUGUCGACGAUGUUCAGUAGUAGAUGUUUGUAAAGCUUGUAUUGUGGUCACAGCUGCUGGGUGUCAGUUUCUCAUUACUUAUUAUAUGCCAAGAUCCACAGGCCUACUAGGAUCACGAAGCACAAAAUACCUAACAGAAAAGGCAGAAAUGUUUUGUUUUUCUGUUUGCUUGCGUUGUGGUCACAGCGUAUUCACUGUGAGAUCCAAAACACAUUAUAUGCAGUUAUAUGCAGGUUUUGUGUGUGUGUGUGUGUGUGUGUGUGUGUGUAGUGUGAGUCAAAGAAUUCUUGUGGUCAAACUGUUUCAGUGUGUAAACGCAUUACUUAUGAGAAAAGAAAAUAAUCUUCCAUGAAUCCACAAAAUAUUUGAUUUGAAUAUUUUUCUAAAAGCAUUUUACAUUCAUUUUGUUGCUUCAUUUUUAGAUAUCACGUGUCCAGAAAUACCGAAGGAAAUUGUCCAUUGAAAAGGAUUGUGACAAACAGGGAUGUAGGGAUUUAUUUCUUUACUGCACAACCAGAUCACAAGGAUGAAAUGAAUUCUGGGAAAGCAAUCAAUAAGUAUUGUUGUUAAAACAUUGUUUUAAUUUAGUUAGAUUUGUCUAUAAUGAGUUACUUUAAGCAAGGGGUAAAAAUAAAAAGGUACACUGUGAAAACAUUUUUCAGAUUAGCCUUUACAGAAAAAUCACUUUAAUUUUGUAUGUUUUUCACAUGUGACAAUGCGAGUAAUAUGCGAACAACUGUGUAAGUACAUUUUAACCUGUCGUCAGCUCAAGGAUAUGUGACAUUAAUGGAAUAGCGCGAUCACGUGAAAACAACACAUGGAAAUAAAUGAAUCAAAUACGUAUUUAAAAUAAAGACAUGCACUACAUGUAAACAAUACACAUGAUUAAAAUGUGAGGAGUUUAAAAACAGUUUGUAUGGCUUUUCUGUAAAGGAGGAUCUUUGUUAUAGGGUUUGCAAUAAAACCAUAUGCACAGCACAGAAUUGAGAAAGUGGCAUCCCUGUGUCACUGUGUUUUAUUUUUGCCUCAACCUAGAAGCAGCCAUUUCCCUCAGUGCUCCUUUAUAUGUGCCAUUCACAUAAAACUUCAAUAAGUAAUCAUAAACUUUUAAACUAUUAAAGCACUGAGAAUCCAUGUUGGACCAAAUAAAAUCUGUUUUUCAAUUCUAGAUUAUUUUCUUGCAUUGACAUUUUGCUUUUACGUUCAAAUUAUUUACAUUAAUUGUCUUUCAGUUCAUUGUCUACCUCAGCACCAAUUCUUUAUAAAACCCUAAAAGGUGCCCAAUUACAGCUGUUCAUUUUCUCAAUUGUGCAUAAUAUUUUUUUUAAUUAUUUUAUUUUAUUUUUAGGAUUUGGAGGUUAUUUCUAUUUUGGAUUGUUGUAUUUUUUUUUCUCUGUAGUUUCAGCAUAAAGUUGAUAAGCUGUCUUUUUGAACUGUGUGAUGGCAUUGAUGCGGAUUGAGGUGUUUUGUUUCUCUCCUCUCUGUGUGUGGGCUCAAACACAGCUCUGUGUUACUGUUAAUGUUGUCUGGGGUGUGGAAAAAUAAUAAAGAUAUAAAAGAGACUUGA